AUUACCACCCACCGUCACUCUCAUAUUGUGUUGUCUAGAAAUCUGCAUUCCCAACGACACCUCCGCUCUCUCUCUCUCUGUCCAGGUGUUCAAGCUAAUCCAGCCUUCUUGAAGCACUGCCAUAAUUUCUCAUAAGUUCCCCCACAAUCUUUGCACAAUCAUGGCUUAUUUUGUCCUGUGUUUAGUACUUUUCUUGGCCAUGACUGGUCAUUCAAGUGCCCUCUAUUGCAUAUGUAAUAGUGGGAUGGGUGACUCAGCCCUUCAGAAGAACAUAGAUUAUGCUUGUGGAGCUGGAGCUGAUUGUUCUCCAAUCCUUCAAAAUGGUCCUUGUUACAACCCCAACACUGUAAAAGACCACUGCAACUAUGCUGUUAACAGCUAUUUUCAGAGGAAAGGUCAAAUUUCUGGGAGCUGUGAUUUUGCUGGCACUGCAGCCCCAAGCCAAACUCCCCCCAGUGGCCAAACUUCUGCAUGCGUUUAUCCAUCAAGUCCCAGUAAUGCAGGAACACCGUCAACCACACCUCCAUCAAGCAACACCCCCCCAUCAACCAGCACCCCCCCAUCAAACAACGGCCCCCCAUCAAACAACAAUUCAUCCAUCACACCACCCUCAACCACAUUUCCAGGCAAUCCGAGCGGUCCAACUUUUGGCCCUGUCCCUUCAGGAAAUGGCAUCAGCACAGACAACAGUGGCAGUGAUACCCUCCAUCAUAGCACCACAACUUUGCUUUCCUCUUUGACUCUAACCCUUCUGUUUUCAGCUUUGCUAUGGUUGAGGGUCUGAGAUGGGUGGGUUUAUGAUGUGUGGAUGAGAUUUUGCCACGUCGGGACGGGGGUAGAGGCUUGUGAUUGUACAAGUUUGGGUAGUAUGGGAGGAGGAAUCAUCUGGGACACAACUCCACUAGGGUGUGUUUUGGGUCUUCUUCCUCCUGUGUGAAAAGGGUUGGGAGAAUUUGAUUCCUUGAAAGUGAUACCCCACUGGGGAUAGAAGAACCUGAUCUCUUCUUUUUAGAUUUUUCCUUUUGUAUAUCUAUGAGAGAGAGACAGAGAGGCAGAGUAUUUUUUUUUUCUUUUCAAUUAUAUUGAAACUGUGCUACCCCAUUACCUCAGUUAUUAACUCUGUCUCUAUUAGAUUAACAGUAACUGAUCCAUCAGAGUGCAUUAUUAUCUAUAUUUAAUUAUUUA